AUCAUUGUUUGAGUGAACUGCAGCAGCAGCGGUCCUCCUGCUUUGUGUCUGAACUGACAGCUCUGACCACUAAUACCUGUUUAUUUACUCACCUGGUUCACCGACAGCUGACUCACCUGGACCUAUUUUCCCUGGAGGACACGGUGCUAACGAUGCUGAGCUAGCUGUCGGAGGAAAUGUUCUUUAAUGAAAUGAAGAAAUGAAGCUCCGCGGAUGAAUCAUCUGUGUUUUCAGAGAGGACACUCAUCUUUCCCCCCGAACACCAUCGAGAUUAUCUACAUGUCAUUGUUAACAUGUUACUGUUAGCAUGUUAUUGUUAACAUGUCUGCAGAGACUCACUGUGAGCAGCAGCAGCUAUGAUGUUAGCUGUAGCAUCCUCCUUGUUGUUAUGUCACUGUCAGGCUAACAGAUAGCUCUCUGUCUGCAGCUGCUCUCUGCCUUCUGCAUGCUCAUGUCCUGCAGGGCUGGCAUCAUGUAGACUGUCCCUCUGAAGACGCCUGGAGACCGGGGACAGACUGAAUGCAAAGCUGGAUUGCGUCCAUCCAACUGGGUCAGAGACUGACAGCUGGCACUGAGGACAGUUUAGCUCUGGAUUGUUGCUUAGCCAUGCUCAGAGCCUUCUGCUGUGUGUGACAUUACAAACAUCACAGCCUGCUUAAUUACAGGGGCAUGUAAGUGCAGCAUGUCCUGACUGUGACUCUUAUUUAUGCAGUAAUCAGUGAGGACUAUUAUUCUGCUGAUCAGUGGAUGAAAUGUGCAGAAUUUGUGCAAAAAGCUCAUCAAAUAUUCAAAGACAGCUCAUCUAAAGGCUGCAAAUUACCAACCAAGAGUCCAGGACCCAUGUGUGUAAUGUACUGCAGCAUCUAUGAGACUGGGAGCAACAUUUUGUGACAGCUCUGCUUAAAAUAUCCUUCAAACUCUCGCUCAAUUAUUGAAAAAGCAUCCUGUCAUGAAAUAAACCUGCAGUGCAAACACGAAAGCAUCGCCCGGAUUGAGUGGACUCAGAGGUUUUACCCACCAGCUGGACCAUCAACACCACCACCAUGGAGAGUGUGGGGGACUUUGAGUACAGCAGGAAAGACCUGGUUGGACACGGAGCCUUCGCUGUGGUGUUCAAGGGACGACACAGGAAGAAGACAGAUUGGGAGGUGGCCAUCAAGAGCAUCAAUAAGAAGAACCUGUCCAAGUCCCAGAUCCUUCUUGGCAAGGAAAUCAAAAUCCUGAAGGAGCUGCAGCACGAAAACAUUGUGGCGCUGUACGAUGUCCAGGAAACACCCAACUCUGUUUUCCUGGUCAUGGAGUACUGCAACGGAGGGGAUCUAGCCGACUAUCUGCAAGCUAAGGGGACGCUGAGAGAAGACACGCUGAGGGUUUUCCUGCAGCAGAUCGCCGCUGCGAUGCGGAUCCUCAACAGCAAAGGAAUCAUCCACCGCGACCUGAAACCACAAAACAUCCUGCUGUCGUACGCCGGCCGCAAGAAGUCCAACAUCAGCGGCAUCCGCAUCAAAAUAGCUGACUUUGGCUUCGCACGGUACCUCCAGAGCAACAUGAUGGCAGCCACUCUGUGCGGCUCUCCCAUGUACAUGGCCCCAGAGGUCAUCAUGUCACAGAACUACGAUGCCAAGGCCGACCUGUGGAGCAUAGGCACUGUUAUCUACCAGUGUCUGGUCGGCAAGCCACCGUUCCAGGCUAACAGCCCCCAAGAUCUGAGGAUGUUCUACGAGAAGAACAAGAAUCUACAGCCCAUCAUCCCGAGGGAGACGUCCCCACCGCUCAGCGACCUUCUGCUCGGGCUGCUGCAGAGGAACCAGAAAGACAGGAUGGACUUUGAUGCAUUCUUCGGCCAUCCUUUCCUGGAGCCGAUAUCCACCAUCAAAAAAUCGUGUCCGGUGCCGGUCCCCAGCGCCUCCAACGCAGUGACGGACAGCUCCUGUGGCAGCUCCCCGUGCAUCCGCUACAACUCCCCUCCUUCUCUCCCGGACAUGCAGACACUCGCAGAAGACGGCCUGUCGUCCCCGCCACUCGGCCCGCCCAACUUCCUGCAGCUUUCUAAAGAGUCUGCAGGAAGCACGAGCAGCAAGAACUCGUCCUGUGACACAGACGACUUUGUUCUGGUGCCCAACAUCUCCACUGACAGCUACGAUCAGCCAAUGGGAGUGGCCCGCCGGCCGUCCAGUGAGUUCCUCAUGUGUGGAGGGCAGCCGCCGCCCACCUCAGGACAGACCCCCAUGGUGUCCCCACGAGCCGAGACCACACCGAUACCCGUUCCCACGCAGAUCCGCAACUACCAGAGGAUAAAGCAGAACCUCUCCAGCAGCCCGACCACCACCCAGUACAGCUCACCCAGAUCUGGUACAGUGAGGCGCUCAAACACCAGUCCCAUGGGGUUCCCAAAGGUCGGCUCAGGGUCUCCCAGCUCCGCAGACGUCCCCCAGACGGUCAGCCGUCGUCUUUCCACCGGCAGCUCUCGUCCGUACUCUCCCUCUCCUCUGGUCGGGACGAUCCCCGAGCAGCUGGGUCACUGCUGCUGUCAUCUGCAGAACCACGAGCCCCGCAGCCGCAGCUCAUCAGGAGGUUCCCCCGUCCCGUCCUCUCAGCUCCUAGGAGCUCGUCUUCAAAGCGCCCCGACACUGACCGACGUCUACCAGACCCGGCAGAAGCUCCACAAGCAGCUAUCAGACCCUCUCCAGCCCUCCUCCUCCUCCUCCUCCUGCAGUCACUCCCCACAGCUCGGCAGACCAGCCAACCUGGGCUCGUCCCCCACCAAGCUCCUGGGCUCGUCCCCGCGCACGUCCGACUGGCUGCAGAAGUCCCCGCUGCCCACCAUCAUCGGAUCUCCUACGAAGACCAUUUCUGCACCGUUCAAAAUCCCUAAAACGCAGGCGUCCUGUAACCUGAUGGCGCUCGCUGACAGCCCCGUGCCCAUGAAGACGCUGGCUGAUGCACGAGAGAUCUGCGCUCACCACUGCAGCCCCUACCUCAGCGGACGCCCCGCUGCGCCUGAGGGCAGCAGGACCUUCGGCAGGUCGGUCAGUACAGGUCGUCUGUCUGAGCAGCCAAUCAGAAUCACUCUGGGUGGACAGGCCUAUCAGGGUAGCAAUGACAGCCUGAACACGGAGCGCCCCAUGGACACAGCCCCUGCAGGUCCCACCGGGUUGAUCCAUGGAGGAUCUGCGAGUCCUCGUACCGUCCUUUUCACCGUGGGAUCCCCGCCCAACAGCUGCACUCCUCCCACCUGCAGCCACCUGGGCACACGACCGCGCACCACCUCAGUCGGCUCCAACAGCUCGGCCGGCUCCCUGUGCUCCACCAGCGGGCGGGUCUACGUGGGCUCUCCUCCGGGCAUGGCCAUGGGCACCUCUCCUCCAGGAGGGUUUGGCGGACAGAUCCUCACCGGGGCUGAAGGGGCCCCCAGCAGCCUGCGAUACGUCCCCUACGGGACCUCGCCUCCCAGCCUGGAGGGAUUCAUCACGUUUGAAGCUCCUGAGCUGCCGGAGGAGACUCUCAUGGAGCGUGAGCACACAGACACGCUGAUGCACCUGCGGAUGAUGCUCUCGUUCACCGACUGCGUCCUGGAGAUGGCGGCAGUCCGAGCUGGAGGGACGGAGCUUGGUGUGUCGGCUGCCUCCAUUUACCCUCCUCAGGACAGUGUGGUCGUGGACCAGAUCAGCCAGCUCAGCAAAGAGUGGGGGCAGGUGGAGCAGCUGGUGCUCUACAUGAAGGCUGCACAGCUCCUGGCGUCCUCCCUGCAUCUGGCUAAAGCUCAGAUUAAAUCAGCCAAACUCAAUCCCUCCACGGCCGUCAAGCAAGUGGUGAAGAGUCUGAACGACCGCUACAAAAGCUGCAUCUCGCUCUGCCGGCGGCUGACCGACAAACUGAACCACUUCUUCUCUGACAAGCAGCGCUUCGUGGACGAGAUCAACAGCGUGACAGCCGAGAAACUCAUCUACAAUCACGCCGUGGAGAUGGUUCAGUCGGCCGCUCUGGAUGAGAUGUUCAAGCAGACUGAAGACAUCGCCUACCGCUACAGCAAGGCCGCCAUGCUGCUGGACGGCCUCUCCAAGAUCCUGCAGGACCCCACCGACAUCGAGAACGUGGUCAAGUACAAGGCGAGCGUGGACCGCAGGAUCUCAGCCCUCUGCUACUGCACCGUCACACUGUACGAGUAGCAGCGCUCACACAACCACACCACACGGAGGGACCGCAACCUGAGACCGCCGCCUGCCCCCCUCCCCCUCACAGAGCCGCUGGUCCCUCCUGUAGCAGUCCAAGCACUUUUCCUUCAUCUGUAUUUAUCAUCUGUCAGUUUCUUUUCUCUGGCCGCAUCACAGACUGACUGAUGCUCAAACUUCCAACCAAAGAUGACGAACAGAUCCAGAGACUGAAGCUGAAACUGGACGUGGACAUACGUUUGUUUUCUUACACUUUAACGGAGGAUCUGAUCGACACGAACACAAAAACUCACAUCCAUCAUUCAGGAUACGUUUGUUUGUUUUUUACCAGAUAAAGACGAUGAUCAGACGCUCUGAGCUUCACGAGUCUGCAGCUCCACAUGAAGCAGUUCCUCUUUUUUAAUCUCUGCUCUCUCUGUGUGAUAUCAGUGGUUAUUUACUCUGUGUUUAAGUUGUUAUUGUUCUUAUUUAUUGGUUCAGAAGAACACGGAUGUUGGAGUCUCCUGCCUGUCUUGAAAACCUCGAGUAUCAGAGUGGAAGGAAAAGGAAGAAACAUUAUGAACGCUUACAUGAAAACAUGAACUCCUGUUACAGACGGCAGGCGGAGCAGGAACCUGUAGAUGCUUUGUUUUUAUUUUUGUUGUCAGCCGAAGCACUUUAUCGCCAUUUGUGGAGAUCUGAGAGAAGGUCGAAAUGUGAAGGCGGAGGGGGGAAGGGUUUCCAAAUCACUCCUCUCCAACCCUCAAAACUCACCCGCUCUGUGUGCAUGAUCAACAGGUAAUCAGAAUGCAUACAUUUCCCAUAAGGCCGAGCGACCAGGGAAACUCGGACAGCCAAGACUCUUUGGCUUCAGCUCAACUUGACAAGUUACCUGAAUAAGUUUCAUUUGACUAAAAUACUACAGCUGUUUUCGUUCUGUCAGUAUCUGUAGCUCCUUUUUUUAACCAGACUUGAUGUUUGCAAACUUGUAUAUAUUUAUAAAUAUGUGGUGCAUGUGAUGAGUCCCUCCUCCUCUUUUCGGGAGGAGGAGUGUGUGCGCGUGUGUGUGGGAUCAGAGUUUUUUUUUGGGGGUGCUGAUGAAGCCGUCAGCCUGUCAGUCAAAGAGCACAAAUCUUUAUAUGUACAGAAAUGACUUUGAUACGUUUUAUUCAUGUCUGCCAAGGGGGUUUGAUAAGGAUGAGACUUUUUUUGGCACAACAGGAGUGUGCUCAAAUAAAAUACAACUCGUGGCAGCUUCAAAACUUUCCAGAAAACCUUUCUACCAGGACUGUUGAGAUCAACACACACUUAUCUGUUCCGUGAGUCUGACUGAAUUCCCUGAGACGAGCGUGACGUCGUCUCAUCGAAUACUCAGACUCGAUUCGUCAAAUCUGCACUGCCUAACGUCCACUCUGUCCCUCUGCCUCCCUCAGUCUGCUGUGCUCCUAACAGUGUAUGUACUGUAUUUAUGUAUGUAUGGGUGUGUAUUUAUGUAUAAAAUAUACACAUGAGCACUUGCCAGGUGUGCAUUAAGGCCAGUAGUAACGGUUAACGGUGGAAAAAGGAGGUGCCUUCUUCUCACGAGAGCAGACGUGGGCCUACUCCUCUGUACAGGUGUGAAUACAUUCUUUUUCAGUGUACAGAUGCAUUCACAGGCGGCCGGCAGCCUGCUCCUCUCCGACGUACUGUCCUUUUCCUACACAUAUCCAGGUUUUUAAGUUCCCCUCGUCCUCGCCAUGAGCACUCUGAACCACACGAAGCCUUUUACUGCACACAGAGUGAAGAGGGAAGUCUGACGGAGAACCUCACCCGAGUCCUCGCUCAUGUUCCAUGGACUGUUUUAAUAAAAAGCAUGGGUACCAACCGAGUCUGCAUUUGACCCUGUAGAACCUCUAGAUUAUUGAAUGUAUGUACCCUGUCGUUUUACGCCUCUCCAGCUUGUUCUGAAUGCAUUUUGAAGAAACCCCGCCGUCAGUCUUCGACCCUGAAAAUGCAACACUUUCCAAGCACCGAUGUUUCAAAGAGAAAUGUCAAUGUUGUGUCUCUCACAAAGAGGUGUCUCUCUUUGUUCUUUAUGGAACACAAAUACAGUCUUUGUUAUUAAAAAGAGAAAAAUAAA